UCCUCGUGGCGGGAAAAUAAAAUUCCGGUGGCGCCAAAAUCGGAGAAGAAGAGGAAAGGGGGCAAAGCAAACCCUAAGAACAAUUCCGAUUCUGUAAGCUAUGCAAGCAAAGAUCAACUCUUUCUUCAAGCCCUCUUCUUCCUCUCCGUCUCCCAUCGCCGACGUCUCAGCAACAACACCAGAAGCAGACGAUGGUUUAGCCGUGUGGGAGAAAAGUCGAAACGUCAUCGUUAAUACCUACGAGCGUCGAUCCGCCACGGUCAAUAGAAGUGAAGUGCUUAAGGGAUGCAUCGGGAAUCCACCACUGAGGAAAGGAUCUUCUUUUGGGUCGAAAAACCUCAGCAAGAAGCGGAGUUAUACACAGUUCCACUUAGAGUUGGGCCAAUCUGAUUUUCUUCUCAGACAUUGUUCAGAGUGUGGAGCUACGUAUGCUCCUGGGGAUGAGUUAGAUGAGAAGAGCCAUCAAAGCUUUCACAAGGACUAUAUGUAUGGUAUCCCCUUUAAGGGCUGGCAGAACGAGAGAGUGUUCGCAUCGCCUUCUUUCAACAAGAACCGCAUUGUUAUGGUGUUAUUGGAAACGGAUUCUCCUGCACACAGAAACAAGGUGCAAGAGGUUAUGAAAAUGAUGGAGGUUGAGUUGGGUGAGGGUUGGAUUCUUCACAAACGUUGUAAGGUAUAUCUAUAUGUCUCCUCUCAGAGGAUCAGUGGAUGUUUAGUUGCGGAGCCAAUUAAGGAAGCAUUUAAGAUCAAAUCUCCUCUUGAGGAUGAAAAGCGCUUAAAGAAAGAGAGCUCUUCUUUGCCUUCAACGUCCAUUCAGUUUGGAAACAUUGUGUUGCAAAGACAAGUAUCAAAAAGAUGUCGAGAAUCUAAUGGCAAAUUGGAUAACGGAGCCAUUGUAUGUGAAGAGGAAGCUAAACCGGCUGUUUGUGGGAUCAGGGCUAUCUGGGUCUCGCCUUCGAACAGAAGAAAUGGCUUAGCUACACGGUUACUUGAUACCGCGAGGGAAAGCUUCAGCAGUGAGUGCGUUUUGGAGAAGUCGCAGUUGGCGUUUUCUGAACCAAGCUGUUUGGGAAGAGCUUUUGGAUCCAAUUAUUUUGGAACUUGUUCACUCUUAGUUUACAAAGCUCAAGUAGAAAGGCUCGAUUAAAACAAUAUAGCUUUGCAUUUUUAUGGGAUGUUAUGUCACAUUUUUAUAAUGAAAAUGAUUGUAUUAAAUCAAACUCAAUCUACAACAAAUACAAAUAGAGAAGUCAUUUC